AUGUCCCAGCAAAGCAGCGCACGAUUGGUAACGGCGGCUGAGGAGAUGGUUAACAUAUUCCGGAUGAUGUCGGACAUCAAUCAAAAACUCAGGAACCCGAUGUUGACGUUCUCGGUGUACAUGGCAUCACUCGUGUUUCUCGAUCAACCGAAGUCGGCCGAACCGGACUACCAACGGCAAGACAACUUGGACUUCAUACUUCGGCUCAUGAUACUCGCGGCGAAAACAUCCGGUAACCUGAUCACAAAAUCCAUGGCUAUUCAGCUCGCUAUGGAUAUGAGAAGACUCGGUCUAGACUCGGCUGCAGUAGACAAGGCUUUCGAACUACCCAUUGAGAGAAGCACCGUACCAAUCCUGGCCAAGGGGGAUUCAAACUCGUCCAACUUCCUGUUCCAGCACGACUCACAAGAACACGGGUAG